AUGCUCGACUUAACACUUAUCCCUCCCGAUGGCGUCUGGGUUCCCUCCCCAACCUUCUUCUUGCCCUCCCCAACCGAAGGCACAUACCCCGACCCAACCCAACCAGCACGCAUCCAACGCGCCGUCGAUGUCGAGACGCAAGUUGCUCAUAGCAUCUUUCUCGCUCGCUCUGGCGUCACAGGCAUCGUUCUGCUUGGCUCAACAGGCGAAGCGAUCCACCUCACCCGCUCGGAACGCAGCGCCCUUGUCUCAGCCGUCCGUCGCGGUCUCCAAGAUGCCGGAUUCCCAGACUAUCCGCUCAUGGCUGGUGUGCUAACCAACGGACUGGAAGAGGCACUCGAGUGGUUGGAUGACUACGCUCGGGCGGGUGUGCAAUGGGGCCUGGUGCUGGCGCCGGGAUAUUUCGGGGCGUCGGUCGGACAGGAAGGGUUGGUGAAGUGGUAUACGGCUGUCGCGGACAGGAGUCCGCUACCGAUUUUGGUGUAUAACUACCCGGGGGUUACGAAUGGCGUGACGGUGUUGCCUGAGACGUAUCGCGUCUUGGCGGACCAUCCGAAGAUUGUGGGGUGCAAGAUGUCGCAUGGCAACGUCUCCCAUCACAUCCAAGUCGCGCUUGACCCGGCCAUUCACCACGACAAGUUCCGCGUCUUCAGCGGGCUCAGCAGUCAGCUAGGGCCUGUAGUCCUAUUUGGAGCAGCCGGCGUUAUCGACGGUCUCCCUGCCAUCUUCCCCAAGACCGUAGUUCGGCUGAUGCAGCUGGCUGAGAAGGCGAAUACAAAAGGCUUGAAGGACGAAGAGAGGACCGAGCUUCAACGCCUGCAGUAUGCCGUCAGCUUGGCUGAGGAGUUUGUCAUGAGAUAUGGGAUCAUUGGCAUCAAAGAGGCUGUCUUUCGCGUGGUUGGGUUUGGAAAUCUUGAGGGAGGCCGUCUGCCCAUUCCUGGGGAGUUGCCGGAGGGGGCUUGGGACAAGGUGAAAAUGCUGUUCUUGCAGGCGAUCGAGCUGACCGAGGCGAGUCUCUGA